GCUCCGGUGAGAGGCACUGCCAUGAGCUGUUGUUUACACUUUCCCUCCCCAGCCACGGCCCGGCUGGCGGCGCUGGGCAGGGCCGCGCAUGGGCAGCGCCGCUCGGCGGGGCUGCAGCCGCUGUGCCCGGCUGUGCCCCGCUGUGCCCCGCUGUUCCUGUGCCCGUGCCCGGCUGUGCCGGGCUGCGUCCCGCUGUUCCUGCUCCUGUGCCGGGCUGUGUCCCGCUGUUCCUGUGCCCGUGCCCGGCUGUGCCCCGCUGUUCCUGUGCCCGUGCCCGGCUGUGCCCCGCUGUUCCUGCGCCCGUGCCCGGCUGCGCCUUCUCUCGCCGACCGUGCGGCCGCACAGCCGCAGAGGGGGCUCGCAAAAUGGGGUGCCGUGGGUGGGCAGCAGGGAAGAACCAUUAGGAGAAUUUGGGAGACAUCCACUCUGUCCCGAAGUUUCAUCUCUUACACACUCACUUGCAAAGGUAGAAAACAAGAAGAAAUUUCCUUCUGUGCCCACAGCUCAGAACAGACCAUACUCUGCAAGUAAGGGAAAAAGAACAACUUCAAGUUCAAAAAUAAGAACUGUGGAAGUGCAAAGUGCUGAUGGUGUUGCAGUACUGGAAGAUUGCAUAGGUUUUUCUUUAACAAAAACAAUUAGCAAAGUUGAAGAAAGACUAAAGAAAGGAGUCUUCCCAGACUGUCAAGAUGAUGAUAUUUUUCCAAGGGUUGGAAAUGAAAUGGGAGCAGAAGCUCAAAUCAGAUUUCUUAAGGCAAAAUUACGUGUGAUACAGGAAGACCUGGCAAAUAUAGUGUUUGAAUGCAGGAAAAAGGAUGAUGAAAAUCAGAAUUUAGGAACUCGGCUUAAAGAUACUGAAGAAGAAAACUCAAGACUGCAACGAACAGUCAGCCUGCAGCAGUCUCAGAUUGAGAAGUACAAAAUAUUGUCACAAGAAGCAAACAAAAAAACUGAAGAGUUACAACAAGAGGUCACUGCACUAGAAAAGGAAUUGGAGAGUCUAAAGCGUGCCCAGAAGCAGGCUGCAGCCACUCAGAGUGCAACAGAGGUUCGUUUAAACAGGGCCUUGGAAGAUGUGGAGAAGUAUAAAGUGGAGCUGAAUAAACUGAAGCAAAGCAACAAGGAUGUAGCUAACCAAGAACUCAAAACAAUCGAAGAGUUAAAAACAGAAAACAAGAAACUGCAGAAACAAAAAGGAGAGCUAAUUACAGGUUUUAAAAAGCAGUUAAAGUUAAUUGAUAUUUUGAAGAGACAAAAGAUGCACAUUGAAGCUGCCAAGAUGCUUUCUUUUACCGAAGAGGAAUUCAUGAAAGCUCUUGAGUGGGGAAAUUAUUGAUCCCAUUAAAUAGCUUCUGUUCAAAAGAUGAGUCAGACAGUACAUUGUUUUGAGACUGUAUAUGAGUCCUUGUUAAUAGUUAAUAACUGUAUAUCCCACUGAAUUGAUUUUGUUGAUUUUACUUAUGUUUAAAUAGUUAAACUUUUGUAAGCCUGAUAGCUUGUGUUGUAAUGUUGUAUGAAACACAAAUUUCUACUUCAUUGUCAGGCCAAACUGCCCGUUCUGUAAGGAGCAGAGGAGCACAGACCAUGCAAGGAACAUUCCAAUAAGUGAACUUUGUUAUCAGUUUGCUCUGUUCUAGUAUUUAAAACUGUACCUUAGCUAUGGUCAUAUUCAGUCCAAUGGAAGUCAGGAUUUAGUCUCAGAAAAUUCCUCAUUGCAACAGAAAUAAACUAACCAGUGAUCCACUUGAGAA